AUGUUCAAAUUCAUCGUUGUUAUCUUCGCCAUCAUUGCCUGUGCUGCCGCCAAGCCCGGUUUGGUUACUCCUUUGGCUUAUACCGCACCAGCUGCCGUAGUUGCUGCUGCCCCAGCUCCAUUUGUCACCGCCACCAGCAGUCAGUAUAUCGCCCGUAACUACAAUGGUAUUGCCACAGCUCCAGUUGUUGCUCCCGUUGCCACUCCUGUUGUUGCCAAAACCAUCGCUGCCCCAGUAGUUGCUGCCUAUAGCGCUCCCGUUGCUGCUUAUGCUGCUGCCCCAGCUCCCGUUUUCUACUAA